GUAAGGUAACGUCAGGAAGGUACAAAAUAGCAGGAACAGUUUGAACGGAUACGCAGCACGAAAGCGAUGGACCUGGAAUGCGGCGACGUAUCCGCACCUGAUAUAGCAAUCAGCAACCACCAGCAAGUUGCAACCGCCUCGUCCAAAACAACAACAACCUGGGAGGAUGUAGCGAGACAGAUUCGUCAGGCAUUGUUUGGGCAACCCUACCGACUGUGUCAAUGCAGUAUGCCUUUCUUCUUCUCGUGAUUCUCUGAUCAUGAUGCCAGAGAUGCGUAUCAAUGCAAUUGUCAAUUUCCUUACCCUAUCUGUGUUUGGUGAUGUGGUGCCUUCCUUUUCCCCUCCUCCCCUGCUCCUUCUUAAUUGAUAAAUUUUCUGAUUCGCCGAGUUCAAGCGCGGCAGGUAGCGAAUGGUUCCAGGUCGCAUUCCAUUUGGAAAGAAGGAACGGGUUGCUUGUGAAUAACACCUCAGGAUGCAGACAAAAUGCAGACAGGCUGCAAUGACACUCCCGAGCAGUACCGUACCGGUACG